GGCUGUUGAAGUCCCAGACAGACACAGUCAUUCCUGGGAGGAGCAUUGUGUACCUUGGACACCCCAGGAGAAACAGAUUUUUUCCGCUGGUGUCAUAGGCAAGGACUUUGGCUUCCUCCGUGGUGGUGGGGCAGGGGUCAAGGGAUGUGGUUAGUAGGCUCAGCCUUCUACCUGAAAGAGCCUAUCCCACAUGGACUGGCCGUGGGCCCUAACAUUCAGACUCCUGCCGGCUGGGGGCUCAACUGUGAGCAGAAACCUUGGAAGCUCGUAAAGUUCAUUCUCCCCGCCUAACUCCCAGGGAGAACCUGGAGGUGUUUUCUGAAACCAAACCAAACCAGACCUCUGGCCCCAAAGCAGGGGUCUUUGCUGUCUCCUUCCUAUAUGGGGGUAGAGGCUGGGUACGCGGCCAGAGAGGAGUACGCCGUGCAAGAAAGACUGGAAGUGUCCACUCAAAAGUUACUGCUGGUACAAGGGCAGCCACUUCGUUCACUCAAGGCCGGUUUAGAGCGGUUGCUACCUGCUGGGGGACCCCACCCUGGUAUGUGCCUCUCCCCACCUUUUCCCCUGAAGCCAAAAGCUUGUGAGCUGGGGGAGGGUGGGCCUGGGAAGGCUCUGCAAAUUGUAGCUGGGAGCCUCCGGGCAAAGCUGAGCGAAAGGGAGAGGCGGCUGGCCUAAAAUUUACGUAGGCGGGAAAAGCCUGUGACGGAGCUGUAACCGCUGCACAGGCCAGAGACCCUAGAGUCCUCCUCACCCCAGGGUUGGGGGCUGAACCUGCUGAGCCGGGCCGCCCCCUCUCCACACCCACUCCCAGCACCUGGCCCGACCUAUCGGCUGGCGGCUACGCCUCCUUUACCCUACUCUCUUGCCUCCGGUCGCACCCUGCGCGGGCCCAGUACUCGGCCGUCAGCAGGAGCUCUCUCCAGGCUCUGGAGGGCGCCCCGGAAACCAUGGGUAAGUGCGGAGGCUUUGAGGUGGCCUCUCUCUGCAACCGUGGACAUGGCAAGAGCCCACACCACCCCCCGGCCCCCGCUGCCCUCUACGGUGCCUGGGGACACGCCCGCCCUGGCCAGGCUGCCCCGCCUGGGUCUUUCUGAGCCGCGCGCCGGCCCCGUCUUCCGCCCGCAGAGGUCCUCGUCCUGGCCGGAUACCGCGCGCAGAAGGAGGACGAGCUGAGUCUGGCGCCCGGGGACGUGGUCCGGCAGGUGCGCUGGGUGCCCACGCGGGGCUGGCUUCGCGGAGAGCUGGGGGGCCGCUGUGGCCUCUUCCCCGAGAGCCUGGUGCAGGAGAUCCCAGAGACCCUGCGGGGUUCCAGAGAGGCGCAGAGACCGCGCUGUGCGCGCCGCCGAGGUCAUCCUGCCAAAUACCCGGGGCCCCAAAGAUGGUGCAAAGUGAACUUCAACUACAGCCCAGAGCAGGCGGACGAGCUGAAGCUGCAAGCUGGGGAGAUCGUGGAAAUGAUAAAGGAGAUUGAGGACGGCUGGUGGCUGGGGAAGAAGAACGGGCAGCUGGGAGCCUUCCCAUCCAACUUUGUGGAAUUGCUGGACAGUGGGCCCCCAAGCUUUGGUAACCCAGACAUGCCUUCAGUCAGCCCUGGUCCCCAGCGGCCUCCCAAGCUGAGCAGCCUGGCCUAUGACAGCCCUCCAGACUACCUGCAGACAGUCUCCCACCCUGAGGCCUACAGGGUCCUGUUUGACUACCAGCCUGAGGCCCCAGACGAGUUGACGCUGCGGAGGGGGGACGUGGUGAAAGUACUCAGCAAGACCACAGAGGAUAAGGGCUGGUGGGAAGGAGAGUGUCAAGGACGAAGAGGAGUUUUUCCAGACAACUUCGUACUCCCACCACCGCCAAUCAAGAAGCUGGUCCCACGGAAAGUGGUUUCUCGGCAAUCAGCUCCUAUUAAGGAACCAAAAAAGUUGAUGCCCAAAACAUCCCUCCCCACAGUCAAGAAACUAGCGACAGCCGCCACUGGGCCCAGCAAAGCCAAGACAUCUCGGACACCCAGCAGGGACAGUCAGAAGCUCACUUCCCAAGACUCAGGCCCCAAUGGUGGCUUCCAAAGUGGGGGUUCGUGUCACCCUGGCCGAAAGCGAUCCAAAACCCAGACUCCCCAGCAACGCUCUGUGUCCAGUCAGGAGGAAGAGCACAGCAGCCCGGCAAAGGCCCCCUCUGUGAAGAGAACCCCCAUGCUGGACAAGACCACAACCCCAGAGAGGCCCCCAGCUCCAGAGAAUGCCCCCGGCUCCAAGAAGAUCCCGGUUCCUGACAAGGUCCCCUCCCCAGAGAAGACCCUCACUCUAGGCGACAAGGCCUCUAUCCCAGGGAACUCCACCUCGGGGAAGAUCCCAGCUCCUGACAUAGUCCCCACCCCAGAGAGGAUGAUGACUCCAGAGGACUCCAUCCCAGAGGAGGCCCUGACUGUGGACAAACCCUCCACUCCAGACAGGGUCUUUUCAGUGGAAGAGGCCAAUGCCCCAGAAGUCCCACCAAUGGAUAAAGUCCCUGAUCCAAAGAUGGCCCCUCUGGGGGAUGAGGCCCCCACCCUAGAAAAGGUCUUGACCCCAGAGCUUUCUGAAGAAGAGGUGUCCACCAGAGAUGACACUCAAUUCCAUCACUUCUCUUCGGAGGAAGCCCUGCAGAAGGUCAAGUCCUUUGUAGCCAAAGAGGCUCCAUCAUCCCAGGAGAAGGCCCACACACCAGAGGCACCCCCACUCCAGCCUCCUUCCUCAGAGAGGUGCCUGGGAGAGAUGAAAUGUCCCCUAGUUAGAGGGGACAGCUCCCCACACCAGGCUGAGUUGAAGUCUGGGCCAGCGUCCAGGCCUGCCCUUGAGAAGCCCCACCCCCAGGCAGAGGCUUCAACCCUUCUAGAGGAGGCACCUUCCAAAGAGGAGAGGACCCCUGAAGAGGAGGCAUCCCCCAAUGAGGAAGGGCCUCUGAGAGAGGAGGUGCUCCCAAAAGAGGGAGUGGCUUCCAAAGAGGAGGUACUCCCCAAAGAGGGAGUGGCUUCCAAAGAGGACGUGCUCCUCAAAGAGGGAGUGGCUUCCAAAGAGGACGUGCUCCUCAAAGAGGGAGUGGCUUCCAAAGAGGUGCUCCCCAAAGGGGGAGUGGCUUCCAAAGAGGAGGUGCUCCCCAAAGAGGGAGUGGCUUCCAAAGAGGAGGUGACCCCGAAAGAGGAAGUGGCUCCAAAAGAGGAGGUGCCCCCUAUAGAAACAGCCUUUGCCCAAAAAACACAUCCUAUCAAGUCGUCUCCAGACUCCCAAGAGACACUCACGCUCCCUUCCUUGCUCCCGCAAAACUACACGGAAAACAAGAAUGAGGGAGUCGACGUAACCUCGCUGAGGGGCGAGGUGGAGUCUCUAAGGAGGGCGCUGGAGCUGAUGGGGGUGCAGCUGGAGAGGAAGCUGACCGACAUCUGGGAGGAGCUGAAGAGCGAGAAGGAGCAGCGCCGGCGGCUGGAGGUCCAGGUGAUGCAGGGGACCCAGAAGUCCCAGAACCCGCGCAUCAUCCACUCGCAGACGCAGACCUACUGAGGGCAGGCCUGGGAAGGGACCACGGCCCGACCGGGCUGGGGCCACCCACGUCCUUGCACACGACUUUGGGAAACGCGAGAAAGUAAACUGCCUCGCAAGGCGCCACGCCGGUCUGGUCGCUAGGGGCGGGGCCUGCGCGGGGGCAGGGCCUGGGCCUCCGCAUUCCUGACGGUCCCUCCCGGGCACAUCUGUCCAACAUGUGGCUCCCAUUACCGUUCCCAA